CCAACCACUGGCUGUUAAACAGCACCUACCAACAUGAAGAUCUUUUUGCUCGCUUUUUUCCUUGUAGUUUUGGUUAGAUUGGGAUGUUCACGACGUGAAUAUAGGGAAGAGUUCCUUGACGACGAUGAAGCACGACUUCACCGUGACUUGUUUGGUAAUUAUACGCCUGAGGUUCGUCCAGUAAAGAAAAAGACACAGGUUGUCACAGUAAAACUUGGCAUUACCAUCCAUCAAAUCAUUGACUUGGUUGAGAAGACACAACUUUUACAAACAAGUGUUUGGAUUCGCCAGUCAUGGAGAAACCCAUUAUUAACAUGGGACCCAAAGAACUACGGAGGGAUCGAUAAAAUAAACAUCAAGGCUGAGCGAGUGUGGGUACCAGAUAUCUAUCUUUAUAACAACGGUGAAAAUGUCAACGAUGGUGGAAUGAACCAUUUUUCUACGCAAAUCACGCUUCAUUUCAACGGGAUGAACAUUUGGCUCGCACCUAUACUGCUGACCAGUAGUUGUAAGAUCGACGUCACUCAUUUUCCCUUUGACGAGCAGCGCUGCAUAUUAAAAUUCGGAUCCUGGACAUACGAUGGACUUCGGCUUGAUCUCGUGAGCGAGUCUGACUCUGGAGACGUGUCCAAGUACGUCACUAACGGCGAAUGGGAUCUGGUGUCUUUUCCCGCCAAAAGAAAUGAAAUCGUGUACGUUUGCUGCCCUGAGCCUUACCCGGAUGUGACGUAUACACUCCAUAUAAGGAGAAAAGCACUGUACUAUUACGUCAAUCUGAUCGUACCUUGUAUAUUGAUAACUUGUUUAACUUUGCUGUCGUUCAUUUUACCGCCUGACUCCGGUGAACGAAUCACACUCGUGAUCACCAACCUUCUCGCCAUGACGGUGUUUAUGUUACUGGUGGCAGAAGUAUUGCCUGCUACGUCAGAGGUCAUACCCAUAAUUAGCAUAUAUUACUCCGUCACUUUAUUUGAGGUUGGUUUGGCUUUAGUAGCCACGUGCAUGGUUCUCAAAAUCUACUUCACUAAUCCAGUGACAACAGAAAUGCCGAACUGGGUCCGAAUAAUCAUUCUUAAUUGGAUGGCAAAGUUUGUUCGCAUCAAGGUCCCGUCAGCCAUUCAAGAAAUCAAAAACGUUUUCAAAGAAGAAGGACGAGAAGUCAAUGAGGAAAUACGUCGUGAGCACGAGACGAUUUCACGCAUUCACGAAGGAAGCGAAGUAUCAGGAAGCGGCUCAAAACAACCGAAAAUGACAGAAAGGAAAUCGUUUAUUAGCAGCGAGAGUCCCGUUUUCCAGCAACUCGAGAUUGCAGACUUCCAUCGGCUCCUAGCACAAGAGAGAAGACCUUCCUUGUGGUCGACCCAAUCUCCUGAUCGUACAAACCGCACACGGCCAUCCUCUGUUAUCCCUGAUAUUGACAUAAAUGCGUUACUAGGCAACGAGAGAUCUGCCAUAUUACCCAUGAUGAUUUGCAGGCAGGAGAACAUUGCGAAAAAUCUUCGUAGACUAGUGAAACUUGCUCGUUCAAAAGAAGAAGAAGAUAUCAAGAGAGAGGAAUGGAAAGUAGUGGCAGAAGUCAUUGACAAGUUUUUUCUUUGGGUUUUUUUGACUACAAUAGUAACAUCAGUUUUGUUGAUAUUUCUACAGACUCGAUAACGCAUCAAAUAAUAUCAGUCACUACACGAGUUAAGUUAGUUAUCAGGCGAUAUCUUUCAAUCAUGAAGUGAUAUUUUCAAAACAUUUGAUUGUCCUCUCCAAUCAUCUCUUUCCUACUACUGUGUUGCGUGUUGUAUAUCAAUUUUUAGUAAAUAAUGUAUGGUAUAGCAUUAUAAAUGACAAGAAAACACACUGUAAUUGUAGGAUACACAAACUCACCUAACAUGUUUACACUAUAAAUAGUUUAUAUACAAUCCCAUAGAAAAAUGAUUUGGGUUAUUCAUA